CCUGUUCCUUAAAUCAUUUCGAGUAUCACAACAGUUUGUAGCGGUUCAGUUUGAGUACAAACUAAUCGCAAAAAAUCGUACUUAAAAAAAUAUUACUUUGUUAUUGAAGAAAGAAGCGAUGACGUCUCAGGUGCGCCAGAAUUUCCAUAAAGACUGUGAGGAUGGGAUUAAUAAGCAAAUUAAUCUUGAGCUGUAUGCCAGUUAUGUGUAUUUAUCCCUGGCAUACCAUUUUCAAAGAGACGAUGUUGCUUUAUUAGGAUUCUAUAAAUACUUCAAGGAAGCUUCUGAGGAAGAAAGAGAACAUGCUUAUAAGCUUUUGGAGUACCAAAACAAGAGAGGUGGUCGUGUUGUGCUGACCAACAUUGAAGCUCCUGAAAAACAAGAAUGGCACAAUGCCGCAGAAGCCAUGAAUGCUGCUCUCGAUUUAGAGAAAAGAGUAAAUGAGAGCCUACUUAAUCUCCACAGUGUUGCUUCUGGACAUAUGGAUGUGAAUCUCUGUGAUUUUCUAGACACGCACUACAUGCAAGAACAAGUCGAUGCUAUCAAGGAAAUUGGGGACCAUGUUACUAAUUUGAAGAGGGUUGGUGAAGGCUUAGGUGUGUUCAUGUUUGAUCAGAGACUGAACGAAUAAAUUUUUAAUACAUUUGAAAUAAAAUACUUAUUAAAUGGAUGCCUAUUAAUAAGUAUACAUAUAUUACUUUGUUAUAUGUGUGUAUUUGGUUUAUUUUUAAUUUUAAAUAUUGCUAGUGGUCAUCAUUAAUGUUACUGUACGAGUAUAUCAAGCUUUCAGCUACCUUAGAAUGUUGCAAAUAUAUUUUUGCAAGUUUUCUUGUAAGCUGUUAAAUUUAGGUAAUUUUUUUUAAUGUUUGGAAGUAACAAGGAAGUAGUGGUUAUUGUUAUAACUAAAGGCAUCUGACCUGUAGUCAAUUAUAUGCAUUAAAAAUAGACAUACUCAAA